GAGGCCCUGAGCAGGGUGGCAGGCCUGGCCAUGCAUGAGGAAGGAUGGAGCAGCCUCUGCCCUGCAGAUGUUCUGGGCUCUGUCUUGAGGCCAGGAGGUUCAUGGGGGCAGAGGGAAGGCUGUCCCCAGGUCAGAGGAAUCUGCUCCAUUUGGCCCUAGCUGUUGUCCCUUUGGUUGCCUUCUACUCAGUCCCGCCCAGCCACACCUGGGGAUCAGUGUUUACAGGUAACCCCUGCAUGGGAACAAGGCAGAGCUUGAGUGACUCCGGGUGGAAACCUGGCAACGUGGGGCCUCCCGGUACCCUCUGCAGCUUGGCAACACCACAGAACCGGGGCCACCUUGCCUGCUGCCCUGCACUCCAAGGGGGCCUGCUGCCAGCCACCACUUGGCUCCUCUUUGUCCACCAAGGCCAGUCUUCGGGACGUAAACCUAGACACUCAGGAGAUUCUGUACCCAGCCCCCAACCCAGUGCUCAGUGCUUCUCUAGCACGGCUGCAGCGCCCUGCCCUCCAGUCGGCUGGUAAACUCCCGCGAUGCUGGACUCUUCCGUGGCAGACCAGGUGGCCCGCCUCACACUGAAGCUCCUGGGACAGAGACUGGAACAAGAACGAGAGAACAUGGACCUUCCAGGAAGCCAAGACGAACAGGACGAUGCCCUACAGAGUGCUCUGAGGAGAAGGAAGGCCCUUCUGCAGAGACUCAGGGAACAGCACCUCCUGGAUGAGCUCUCCCAGGCCCAUACCUGGAAGGGGGCAGACAGAGGAGCCCACAGGCCAGUCCUGCCCCUAGAGAUGUCUCCAGUGGGUGUUUACACCCCAGCUUCUCAGCCCCUGCUGGCCCCAGAGCCACCCAGGAUCAUCCAGCACUCGGUCCCCCAGCCUCCUGCCACCAUCAUUCAGCAGCUACCUCAGCAGCCACUGAUCGCACAGAUUCCUCCUCCUCAGGUCUUCCCCACUCAAAGGUUGGGAAGUAUUAAGGAAGACAUGGUGGAGAUGAUGCUAAUGCAGAACGCCCAGAUGCACCAGGUCAUCAUGCAGAAUAUGAUGCUCAAAGCCCUGCCCCCAGCAGGGCUAAUACCAUUUACCACUCCACAGGACCCGCAGUGGGCUCGCCCGGUUGUCCAGCGAGCUGAGAGACAGAAGCUGCCCGCGGUACACCACCACCACCACUAUGCACCCCCUGCCCCACUACAGACUGGAUCUGCAACUGGCACCCCACUUGGCUACUCUAUGUGGGCCCCACUCGUUGCGGCUACCACGCUCCCACCAGCUGGCUUCCCGCCCACUGUGCACCACAUGGCUGGUCCUGCCACCACCCUGCCUGCCCUCAGUUCGUGAGUCUGGGGGUAGGCUAGUGUACUGGGUUGGACUCCCAUGGCAGCAGGUCUGUCUCAGGUUAAGAGGUAACUGGGGCCCCAUGCCAGACCUGGGGAAGCUGACUGCAGUUUGGGUUAUUUGUCUAACCCCAAAGGAAUGUCCAUGGAGUAUUCAGCACAAGCGGGGCUGCAGAGUGUCCCCACCCAGGGUGGUUCUCACACUGUGUUAGCUGAGAACUAGACUGGGCAGUGAUUACACCCAGGGGCACCACUCUGCUUUUCCCUUAGGAUGGCCCCUGAGGGUAUGAUGCCCACGCAGGCUCCAGGCAUGUGAGCUCCUCCCUGGCUGUGGUAAGCACAGGGUCUGACAUAGCUCAGCACCCUCUUUUGGUAUGGUGGGGAAAACCAGGCAGAUGUGCAUGGAGGCCAUAGAAGCCACUGGAAUAUGAAAUAGAAUGGCUUCAUCAGAGAAGCAUUUAAGAAAAACAUGGCUCACAAGCCAUAACGGAAAAGACCAAUAGCUUUAACCACACAAAAUUGUAAGCAUUCCUGUGCAGGGGAAAUACUAUUAACUAAGUCACACAUAGUAACCAGGGAGACCUAUUUGCCACCCUCACGCUACAGCGGAAGAAUACUGUGUGACGCGAUCCCUUCUGUGUGUCUUUGUGUGUGCACCUGUGUGUGUAUGGGGGCUUCAAAAAGCCCAUGGAAAUAAAAUUAAAGUAGAAAUUUUAGUGCACAAAGUUUUAAAAUCCAUGCAGUUUUUCUUUCGACUGCGGUAGCUUCACUCCAGUGCCUGCCUCUGUCUUCACAUGGCCUUCUCCUCUUCAGUCUGUCUCAAAUUUCCUUCUGCCUAGAGGCCAGUGGAUGGUGUAAUGGUUACAUCACUGGACUCUCAUGUAGUCAACCUCAGUU